UCUUUCCUCUCUCUCUCUGCCACUGUAGCUCUAUUUCUAUCUUGUUCUCUAUCUACAAGUUGCUUUAUUUGGAAUAAUUUUCUUAAAGCAAUAAAUUAUAAAAAAAACCUGACCACCCAAAAACUACGGCCGCCUCAUAUGUUGUCCAGCUGAAACACACUGGGUAUCUCAAAGACUCCAACUUCAACUUGAACAAAACCCAUCAAAGAUUUUAGCUUUCUAUAUUGCAUUUCUUCAUCUGGGCUGACUUACUUCUCUGAAUCAGCAACUGGGUCGUCUUCAUUUUCUCAAAUAAUCCAUCACAAGAACAAGUAUCAUGGAGUGGUAUUACGGGAGUGGCAUUGAUGACGUUGUUGUUCCAAAUGAUGGAGGAUCGGACAGGCUUCCAUCUCCGGACAGUUGGUCGAAAUGGGGAAUCAGUGCUUCCGAAUGCUUUCAGCCCACUAAUAAAUGCUUUUCUAUAUAUCCACAAUUCACUAAAGAGCUCAACUAUAACGGUAGCAGUUUAUUUGAUGACUUGGAGAUGGAAACUUCUGUUAAUGAAAAAGAUCCAUCUAGCAGUUCAAGUGUAUGUGAAGGAUUUUCCGAGGACUCUCUUCAGCAGACCACACAUUCAUUAAAUCGAACCAAUAAUCAGCUUGAAGACCUAGCAGGACUCGAACAGAUGGAUGACAUUUUCUUGAGUUCCUUACUUGAUGAUCUUCCUGGGGCAGAAAAUAUACACAAGUCAUUCUAUUUUUGUCCUGAUUCCAAUGGCAUGUUGCCCACUGAUAAUAUCUCGACAAGCAUGAGUUUGGAGUCACAAAGUUUCUCGAGCAGUGCACAUAGUGCAGGAAGCUCAAAGUAUCUUAAAAAUCAUGCGUUUUCACCCGCAGCGGGUUCAGAGAAAGGGCAUGCCACUACUUCACAGUAUAUUCAAUGCAACUCAGAGAAAAAAGCUUGCCCAUCAGUAAAGGCAGAAAGCGUCUUUGCCCCACCUGAGCAAGGCAGCAUGAAUGGACUUCUGGGUGAGGAAACAUCAAUUGAAGAAUCAGUAUUGCAUGAACUGGAAAUGGUGAUGACACAGUUGAAUGAAAAGACACGAAUUUGCUUUCGCGAUGCCUUAUACCGCCUUGCCAACAACUCAAAAGGAAAUCUCGCUACACAGAGCCAAGAUGGAGACCAAGCGAGUGAAAUUGAAGAACCCUCUUCAUGGACAGCUCAGGAUGAGACUAUCAGGCCAGGGAGCAAUAAAGGAACAGAAUCAGAGACAAACACCAUUGACAGAGCCAUUGCAAACCUCAUGUUCAAUGAGAUGGACUUUAAUGCGCAACCUCUUUCUGGAGGAGCACCGUUAGACCCCAAACAAGAAGCCAGUGGAGUGACUGGGCAGCAAACUGACAACGCCUAUCGGCCACAAAUCUUCCGUUCACAUCUCCUCUCAUUUGUACCACAUGAUGCUGAAGUUCCAAUACUUGGUGAAAGAAGCAUGCAUGCCGAAACAGAUCAUCAAAUACACAAAGGUUUCUCUGCAUGUAAUCCCGGUGGGAAGAGGAAGGCUCCGAUGACCGAGUUCGAGUCUACAACUGGGUACUAAACGGCCCUAGGAUGGCUUGAUGGCAAAUUUUCAGUGGCCAAAGAACUUUUGGAGAUAUUGCUGUUAGAGCCUUCAAUUACUUUGCUUGUACAUAUAAUCCCAUCUAGUUAGCGUGCAAUGUUGAAAGAUUGCUGCAUCCGUUGAGCUCAGUUUUGAUCGACAUGUGAAUGAGUGAAUUUAAUUAUGUAGCUUGUCUUACACUUUCCUUAGUGAAAGCUAGCGCUUCUA